CAUGAACAAACUUCCUAUGUAAUAAUGAGUGAAGUCAAGCAAAAGGAAAUACAUUUCCAAAUGCAAGGUUCCCAUUUGGACCCCUUAGAAGAAGGUCCUGCUAAUGUGUAUCCUAUUCCUGCAAUGCUUCCAAAGAAGAGUUUCAAGCUCAGCUCUAUGGCUGCUGGUAACUCUCCUCAUAAAAGAUCUCCGAGAGUGUUAGUUCGGAAACCAAUUUCGAUCUUGGCCCAGAUCAAGAAUGUGAAAGUUAGCAAUGAAAAGGAAGAAAGCCAGAAGACUCCUAAAUCGAGUCAGAGCAGAGGAGAGCAGCAGUCACCUCUGAACUAGCUCAAAUUUGGAGAAUGACUACCUUCCUCAUUCGAUUGUUUCUCCUCUCGCAGACAGGAAAAGAGUUAUUGCUGCUAAGUCAGAUCAUAUUAGGUUUGAUUUUUCUCUGAGAAAGGGCAAAAAGGCUUUUGAAAAACAACUCAAAGAGAAAUCGAAAGAGAUGGAGAGACUCAAAAACAUCAUUUAUCACCCUAGAAACAUUAAGGUCAUCAGGAGGCCAAAGCAAGGGUGUAUUUUUAGCAAUAAGGCACUCAACAAUUCAAGGAUAAAGCUUAAUUCAUCUCGAGAACCUUGCUCAAAGCCAUAUCCAAGGCCUGCUUCACAAGUGAUCCAAGGGUUUUCUUCCAUGAACUCUUCAACUGAUUUUUACAGAAGUAAACGAUUUACUUCAAGCUCAAAAAUUCGUGACAAGAGAAAGACUUUGUAUAAGACCAAUACAGCUAUUCUGAAUCAAUUCAUGAAGUGUGCAGAGCUCGGAAAUCCGAUCGAUUUGUCCAAGUUCAGUAAUAAUUUAGAUAUCAUGCUCAAACGUGAUAAAAGCAGGGUCGACAAGAGAGUUGACAGACAAAGGAAGCAGGCAGUCCAAUCCCAGUUAUGUAUGAGAAAGGCUAAACCAAGUGGGGAUAUUCAAAGAAGUUUUACCCCGAGCAAUCAGGCUAGAGGAAGACUAGUAAACUGCUGGAGUAAAGAUACCCAGCCAUCUUUAGCUGGCAAGAGCUCAAACAAUUUGUUCAGAAUGUUGAAGAACACCAGACUCCAUAAUACCCAAGCAUCUAUGGAGAAGAGAACCAGUCUGAAAAUCAUGGGGCAUCACAAAGGCCUCAAGGUAAGGGAUAGAUCCCCUCUGCAGAAUUCCAAGAUCGUUAAUGCCAGAAUUGAGUCACUACUACAACAAAGAAAUGCCAAUCAGCCUCCAAUGAAAUUGGGCCCAAAAGGUUUGGAGAGUGGAAAGUUGACCAAAAAUGACAUACCUGAAGUUCCUGAUAAGAAUGCUACAAGAGGUUCUGCAAGGGUAAAGCUAGCCGUUAAGACUACCAAGAGACGUACUUCGAGUCUGUUGAAUAUAAAAUACAACGAAAAGGUCAAGAAGGAGCGUGACGAUUUUGCUAAAUCUGUGAUCAUUAAGAAUAAGAAUGAAUUGAAGCCAUCUGCCAGUGAAGAGAAAGAAGGCAGAAGAAAUGGACAAUGGGUUUUGAAUGAUAUAUCCGAAUAAUUAUGUGGUUUCACAGAGAUUAGAGGAGUUUAGAAGGCCAGGUAUAUAAAAAAUUAUAUGAUUAAAUUCAAU